AUGAAAAUGGCAAACACCUUCUUCGCUGCUGAUGAUUUGGGACCAAAACGAUUGCUAACUCUAAUGGAGGAUCGAAAUCGGAUCAGAGGCUUUCUAAGAGAUGAACAACUCGUGAAGUAUGCUUCCAUUCUUCUCUACAUCAUUCUCUCUAGCUGUCAAAUCUUCUUCAAUAAGUGGGUAUUGUCAUCUAAGGAAAUAAACUUCCCUUACCCACUUGGAUUGACAUUACUACACAUGACCUUUUCCUCUGUUUUGUGUUUUCUCCUCACCAAGGUUUUUAAGGUUAUGAAGAUUGAGGAAGGAAUGACAUUAGACAUAUAUGUUACAUCAGUUAUUCCAAUAGGUGCAAUGUUUGCAAUGACUCUGUGGUUAGGAAACACUGCUUACCUCUACUUAACUGUUGCAUUUUCCCAAAUGUUGAAGGCCAUUAUGCCUGUUGCUGUGUUUAUACUUGGAGUUUGUGUUGGCCUUGAGAUAAUGAGCUGCAAGAUGCUUUUGAUAAUGUCAGUCAUAAGUUUUGGCGUUUUAGUCGCGUCUUAUGGAGAAUUAAACAUCAACUGGAUUGGAGUUGUUUACCAAAUGGGUGGUAUUGUUUCAGAAGCUUUGAGGCUAAUCUUAAUGGAAAUUCUUGUUAAGAGGAAAGGCAUCAAACUGAACCCUGUCUCCCUUAUGUACUAUAUGAGCCCAUGCAGUGCGAUUUGCUUGUUCAUACCAUGGAUAUUUCUUGAGAGUUCGAAGAUGGAGACAUGGAACUUUCAUGUUCUUGUGUUGAGUCUUAACUCGCUAUGUACAUUUGCUCUCAAUUUGUCGGUUUUUCUAGUGAUAUCUCAGACAAGUGCACUCACUAUACGAAUCGCUGGCGUGUUCAAAGAUUGGGUGGUUGUUUUGGUCUCAGCUCUUCUCUUUGCCGAGACAAAACUCACAGUCAUCAAUCUCUUUGGUUAUGCCAUUGCCAUUGCUGGUGUAGCUGCGUAUAAUAACCAUAAGCCAAAGAAUGGUGAAAGCACAACGUUGGUUUCUCGAUCUCCGAAAAACUCCAACAAGGAACCCAGUGGCCCAUGGUAGCAUUUGUCAUCACAAGAGAGGUAACACACAUAAGACGGAACCAUUUUUUCUAAUUAGGAUAUAUUUUUUUUAUCUAUCACAAUGUUAAUUAUCAUUCUAUUCAAAUUUUCCGAUCAUUUUUGAAGGAUU